CCCCGUUUUUUCUCUCUCACUCGCCCUGAGGCUUCGGGCUGGGUAGCGACAGGGUCUGGGCUGGCGCGCACGCUCGGUGGAACCCCGGGCUCUCGCAGCCGGAGAGGGUGCGAGUCUGUGGCCCCUUCAGGAGCCCACCCGGGUUCUGUCCGUGCUUAUCGGGAAGCGGUGUGGACUGAGGUGUGGCUGUGUCUGAAGAGGGGCGUCGAGCCAAGACCAGUCUCUACCUAGUGCGCCAGGCGCCAGCUCGGUUCCAGCUCUGCUGCCCUGGGUCUAUGACAGGCUGGGGGACGCGGCAGCCCAGCCGCUAAAGUGCAGAAAGCUUAUCGAUCGCCCCUGGCACAUUUGGGAACCCCGGGCGAGAGAAGAGGUGGGCGUCCUCACGGGAUGGUGAAAAGAACGUGGAAGGGGCCGGGCGUCCGAGGCAGGCCGUUUGAGCGCAGGUGGGAAGGGAAAUCGCUGCUCCCGGAGACGCAGCACCUCCCUUUCCGAGACGUGCGGCCCGGGCGGGCCUGAGGAGCAGGCCGGGGAAGCGUGGCCCCGCGCCCGGGUCCUGAAGGAGCAGUUUGGUGUCCACGUUUAUCCUGAGACGCUCUUCACACCCCUGGAAGUUGCACGGACAGAUUUGUACCUUCAGGUGCCCGCGUCCUGGAGAUUUUCUGUGAACAAACCCGGACGCUUGUUCGUCCACACUCUGGGAGCUGCGCUGGGGAAGUUGAAACGAAUCUGGGCGUCCGGGCUGCCGCGAUCGGAGGUGGCGAGCCUAUGGGAUCCGAGUGCACAGAGAUGCGAAAGAGACAGACACCGGCCCCACAGGAGGCUCCGGGCUCCACCUUGGACCAGCACGGAGCGGGGAGUCAGGGCUCCAAUGCCUGCUGCUUCUGCUGGUGCUGCUGUUGUAGCUGUUCCUGCCUCACUGUUAGAAACCAGGAAGAGCAGAGACCUACAAGAGCUACCCAUGAACUCAGAAUAAACUUUCCACCCUGUGAAGAAAGCCCAAACCCUACUCUGGAAGAGGUCAACGCCUGGGCUCAGUCUUUCGACAACUUAAUGGUUACUCCUGCAGGAAGAAAUGCUUUCCGGGAAUUUCUCCGCACAGAAUUCAGUGAAGAAAAUAUGCUUUUCUGGAUGGCCUGUGAGGAAUUGAAAAAGGAAGCUAAUAAAAACAUUAUUGAAGAAAAAGCAAGGAUAAUAUAUGAAGACUACAUUUCUAUUCUUUCUCCUAAAGAGGUCAGCUUGGACUCUCGAGUAAGAGAAAUCAUCAACAGAAACAUGGGCGAGCCAUCCCCACACAUAUUUGAUGAUGCCCAGCUUCAGAUUUACACCCUCAUGCACAGAGACUCGUACCCCCGAUUCAUGAACUCUGCCGUCUAUAAGAACUUGCUUCAAUCCUUAUCUGAGAAAUCAGCUGAAGCAUAGGAGUUUUCAACUAUGUUAUUAUUAAGAAAAUAAUAAAAGAACUACAUGGACUACAUCUAGCACAGGGAAUUUAGAGGUAGUAAUACCUUCUACUGGAGUAAUACUCGGUCUAUUUUAAUAACAAAUGUUUCCUUCCUCCAACAAAAGGCUAUAUAUUCACAGUGUAAACUGCAACCACCUUUAGUGAUACUUUUGAGGAAAACUGGGAUAUGGCUGUUUAAGAGAGCAUGUAUUACAUUGACAACAACAGUAGCAUGUUCCCCAUGGCGAAGGGUGCCCUGGAAGACUGUUCUGCCCAGAGCACAUACAUCAAACACAGGAGAGAGUCGGACUACUUUGUUUUGCAUGAGCUCAGCAACUGAUUAUCUCCAAAAGAAAACAGUCAAGUGCUUCUCAGCCUCCUUUUCAUUCCGUCAAUCUGGGUCUGAAUACUUCACUUCUAUCGCCAUGACAAGACUCAAAUUCAUAUUUUAUAAAGAUGUGACCAUUACUGUACAAACAGUAAUCCACUUUAUAUCUUGAGUAUGUUUGUACGUGGAUACCUAUGUGUGCAUGUGUACCUGUACCUGGUUAAUGUAAAGCACUGUGCUCUUAAGUGAAUCAGUCUCAAAUGUUUGGUAAGAGUAGCAGGACUCAGAAAAUUCUUUUGUUGAAAACAGUUAACUGCUAUUUUAUGAUCAGAAUUUGCCAACCUAAAGGACAAAUUUUUAGCUUCACAACUUGGCCAUGUUCACAACAAACUUUCAAAAUAAGCAUAUUUCCAUCUUUAUUAUUGAAAGAAGUAUGGGUAUUUUCACUCAAAAAAUAAAGCACAAGAGUUUUAUCUCAAUUUUUAUUUUUUUCAGAUGUAAAUAUUUGAGAAGUGUAACAUUAAGUAAGUAAGUAGGGACACAUGCAACAUAUUUUAACUCUCAGACCAGUGUUUUGUUCUUAGAUCCCACUAGUAUUAACACAGGUAAAUGGAAUAACUUCAUAGCUUAUAGGUGAAAAUAGUUUGUAGCUCUAAACUAUCCCAAAGAA